AUGUACACGGAGUUCCAGAUUCAGUGCGCCCUUUUGAUGGCUUCAGAAAUUUCUUUGAGUAAACUUAGUGAGGAUUUUGGAGAACGCAGCGACCCCACUGUUGAAAAAGCGCAGAGGACCUGGUUGACAAUCAGUGAAGCUUUGGCCAUCACCCUGAAACAAGCUAUGUGUCAACAUAGACUGACAAUGGGUGUCUACGACUGUGCCAAGCUGCUCAGUAGCUCACCCAACCGAGUAAUGCUGUGUGUUUUGCCAGAAAUUUCAACCAGCGAUGUUGCUAUGCACAUACAUCAUACACUGAUCAAAUCAUUUUGCUGGGAGCAUGACAUUAGACUUCUCACUGUGAAAAACCAACAGAGCUUGCUUGAUCUUGUCAAGGGCACCCCAGAGUACUCAGAAGCUACAUCAGAUACUAUGCUGUGUCUGCUGGUGGAAAACCCAACUGAUGGAAACAGCGAAGCAGACACAUUCGUCUGUGGAUAUCACGAUGCAGUAAUGUUGAGUGACAUUUUCCCAAAACCAGUUAUACAUCUUCCAGACUGA